AUGGAAGAGCCUGCAGCUCCCACUGACGGCCGCGAGGGGGCAGCAGCGGCGCCGUGGCGCACCGUCCCCGCCCGCCGGGCGCCCCGAGGCCCGGGCGUGCCAGGCCCGGCCCCGUUUCGCGCGCCCCGCGCGCGUCCGGCCUGGGCGUCGGCGGGGGGCGCGCGGGACCGGCCCGUGCCUGGCCGGAGCGGCGGCAGCUGGACGCGCCACGUAGCCUGCAGGUACUACCUGCACGGCCGCUGCAAAGAGGGGCCGCGCUGCCGCUACUCGCACGACGCGGCCGGCCGGCCCGGGCAGCUGUCAGGGGAGGCGCUGGGCGCAGUGGCCGCGCCCACGACGCGAGCCGGGGGCGCCGCCGCACGCCCCUCGCCACCCAUUGGCUCUCCUCCGAUCUUGCAAGACGACGUCCGCGGGGCCGGCCUGGGGGAUGCAGCCGUUGCCAGGACAACCGGAGCUGGAGGAUGGGAAGAGGCGGUGGAGUUCGUGCCCGGGCUGCCAUACUGGGGCCGGCAGCUCCGUCCUUGCCUGGGCCCCGGCCCAAGCCUUAUUUCUGAGGGGCUGCGCCGCAGCCCUGUCCUAGUCCCUGUCCCUGAGGGUCCGCGCCCCAUUCCCAUCCCCAUUCCCGAGCCCCGAUCCUUCCCGGCGACCGAGCGCCCGCGGCCCCUGUGUCGCGAUGCGGCUCUAGGGCAGUGUUUCCGCGGCGCCAGCUGCCUGUACGUGCACGGCGACGUGUGCGACAUGUGCGGGCUGCAGGCCCUGCACCCGGGGGACGCGGUCCAGCGCGCCGCCCACCGCCGGGCUUGCCUGGACGCGCACGAGAGGGACAUGGAGCUGUCGUUCGCUGUGCAGCGCAGCCGCGACAAAGUGUGCGGCAUCUGCAUGGAGCCGGUGUUCGAGCGCGCGCAGGCCGCCGACUGCCGCUUUGGCAUCCUGUCCAACUGCACGCACACCUUCUGUCUCACGUGCAUCCGCCGCUGGCGCACUGCCACACAGUUUGAGAACAGGAUCAUCAAGUCGUGCCCUCAGUGCCGGGUGGCCUCCAGCUUUGUCAUCCCUAGCCAGUUCUGGGUGGAGGAGGAGCAGGAGAAGCGGCAGCUCAUCGGGCAGUACAAGGAGGCCAUGAGCCACAAGGCUUGCAGGUACUUCGCCAAGGGCCAGCGUCGCUGUCCCUUUGGAGACAAGUGUUUUUACCAGCACGCGCAGCCCCAGGGCCCCGGCGAGGAGCCUCGGGGACAGGAGGCCCCCAGCCCUGCCACCGGCAGGCGAGGCAGCGGACUGGCGGAGCCCGAACAGGUGGGAGAGGGCAGCAUUGUCAUUCAGAGCUGUCACCACCACCUUGUCACGCUUUUGCUGUGCUCUAAGUGGUUUCUUGGGUGGGGAGAGAAAGUGCCCCUUGGUGAGCUGCAAGAAGCCUCCGUGUGUAUCGUGGCCUUGCUGUGGCAUGUCAUCUGGUGUGUUGAGAUGCUGUCGUGGCCCGCUGCUUGUUCUCAUAAACCCAAUCCAUCUCGGCCCCAUAUGUCUGGAGCCUACAUUGCUGUGCUUCCUGACCCAUUCCCAUUUCUUUGCCUGCUAAGGAUCGUGACAUUUCACCCUGUUCCGUAAUCACAUACACAAACACACACAGUCCUGAGUGUUGUGUUGGUGGUUAAAUGCAUCUGUACUGUCAGUUCACGGUUGAUCUUGUCAUCUCUGUUUCCAACAGGAAUGAUUCAAUUGUAGUCUAAUGUUUACAGCAUUUCCACACUCAUUUUGAAGCUCCUCAAGAAUAAAUGGGACAGGGUGAAGGGAGAAGGCUUAACUGAGCAAGGAGCUUUGCCUACCACAGCCUUAAGACGUGGACCCUCUCUGCGUGUCAGCGCACGCCUCUCGUCUCUUGUUUACAUGCUUUCUUUCCUUGCCCCCCAAGUGCCCUUUUUACCUGUGUUUACCUCGUAGUCUUGUGUUUGACUUGACAACAGUCAGGUGUGGAUGUUUACAUGUUUUUAUCCUGUUUAGCUUGAUGUGAAGUUAUUUAUGCUUGGAAGUAUGUAUUUACAAGUUCUGUAUCUGUGUAAAAAGUGUGUGAUGGCUCUGGUGUAUUUGAAUACGUAUAAAGAUGUGCACUGUGUGUAAUACAUUAUGUUUGUAUAAUAACAUUAGUAGAGCUGGUAGCUGAGGGUCCCUAGGGGUGGAGUAUGCUCUUUGAAUAGUGCCCCUGCACCAUUCACAGCACUCAGAAGAGCUGGUCCCAGCAGCAGAUGCAGAAACUUAAAAUACAGUGGCCGUCAGCCCCGGGGAUGGCAGUAAUAAGUGACCUCUGCUAUUACAAGUCCAGAAAUACGUGCCCAGGCACCGUGAAACACCUCAUUCCUGACACCAGCACAUCUAGGUCAGACCUACCAGUCUUUGUCCCCAGGAUGCUGUCUUACAACUAGACAUUCCAAGGUACUACUGACAGAAGUUCUCAAGAUAUAUGCUGUAAGCUCACAGACAAGGAAUAAUAGAAACAUAAAAAUCAGAGUAUAAGAAUAAAAAGGUAAAAUGCAAGAAGGAUCAAAAAAAAGCAUAGUAAUAUAAGAAGUUUAUAAUAUACACUGUUAGUUGUAUGAAAAUGGCUUAAGAACUGAAAGUCAAAGGUGAUUAUUAAAAUUAAUGUUAAGAUAUUUAAAAAGAUGCUGUUUAAAACAGACAUCUGGACUGUAAGAAUAACAGACAGAAUAAAAGUCAUGGGAUUGAAAAAUGUUAAACCUGAUGUGUUGUGAUUUCUUAAUCAUAAAUUUCAGGUUAAAAAACAUUGCUGAAAUUAGAUUUUUCAGGGUGUUACUUAGACAUUGAGUUAUAAUCCUAGGAAGAUGAAAUGAUUUUAAUUUUGAAUUAAUGGAACCCAUACUAGACAUACAAAAAUUUGGAAAAUAUUCUUGUAAAGUUUUGAGGGCAUUAAAAAAUCUUGG